UUUCCUCAUUGUCUUCCCAUAAAACACAUUAACAAAGAACAUUAAAGCUGCUCCUCAACAUCAUCCUCUUUCCUUAUUAUUCUCUGUCAUUAACUCCAUCAAAAUCAACCAUUUAAUACCCAUCCAGUAUUUUCUUUCAUUAUUUCCCCCUCUUUAUAAAUAUACUCAGUAUCUCCCUCCCCCUUCUCUCCAUUAAAAGGUUUCUUUGAACAUAUUAUAGGGUGCAGUGGGAAAAAAAGAAAAAACAUCAUGAAAAUGCUGAACUCUAUUCCUCUGCAGACACAAAACGAGGUAGAUUAUCAUCUUCAUCACCAACGUCGGUAUUUAGCCAAGAAAAAGUCUAAAGAAGCGGCUAACAGACAUGCCAAGGCUGAAAGUGAACGCAGGAAAAGAAUCAAUUCUCAUCUUUCUACCCUCAGGAAACUCUUUCCCCAUCUCACUAAAAAGGAUAAACCGAGGGUGCUUACGGAGGCCGUUAAGGAGCUGAAGGAGCUUAGACAGAAGGUGGCGGAGCAGCUGGAACAGCAUCAGAGCGAGGGGGAAACGCCGUUAUUUUUGCCGGGGGAGAAUGAUGAGGUGGCGGUGGUUCCCUGCGAUGGAGAAGGAGAGUCGGCGGUGAAAGCGACGAUUUGUUGCGAGGAUAGGCCGGGGCUGAACCGGGACUUGACGGAGGCGGUGCAGUCGGUUAAAGGGCGGGUAGUGAGGGCGGAGAUGGCGACGGUGGGAGGGCGGACCAAGGUGGACGUGGUGGUUCGGUGGUGCGGCGGUGGCGUCGGGGAGAAGGAUCUUGGGUCGCUUAGACGUGCCCUUAAGGCCGUUGUGGAAAACCGGUCGUUGGGAAUGUUGUUGUGCCGUAGGUUUCGGGCCGAUACAUGGGCCGGCCCGAAAGUAGACGGGCAUGCUAACAAUUCGGCCCAGAUAUGUGGUUCGCUUAGUAAUGGAUCUGGACUUCCGGAUGGUUUGUUAUUCAAUACUGUUUAA